AUGGAUGUAAUCGAUCUUUGCGACUCUGACGACUCUGACAAUGAUGGAUAUCCCCUUCAUCAAUUAAGAAGCGGUAGAGACGAGAAUGAUGCUAUUUCUUUAUCGUCUACAGAGGACGACUCAGCUGUCGUUGUUGUCGGAAUUGGACCAUCGGAAGAUGGUGGGACAAUGGUCGAUCGUAGCAUUGAUAUUGUUUCCCAAGCCAAUGCAAUAGAAAACCAGUUGGUCCCAGUUGCAAACCUAUUACCUAUGUUUGGGGCAGCUGAUGCUAGAAAUGAUGAAGAAGCACAACAUGAAAACCCAGUUCAUGGAAACUAUGAAACAACGCAGCAAGCGACCUCAUUUACGCAGGCCAAUGCUGCCAUCAUAAAUGUAACUGGAGUCACUCAGGCCAAUCCCGCGUUAGAUAGUGACAUUUACCGUUUUGUGGAUGGUGGGGUGGGUAAUGGUGCAACGGCAAAUCAAGGAGUCACAUUCGCUCGAGUGGCUUCACUGGCCGUUGGUUCAAACCAUUUACCAAUGCAUAUGCCCACUGCAGCUACUUGGGACAGUGCAACUGUACCUCAAACGAAGCAAGAAGAUCUAUGGGUUCAAGCUCCCGAAAUGUCACACCCCAUUCGAAAUAUUAAAAACAAUCAGAAUCAGAUAAAAAGAGAAGUCAAAAACGAAGAAAAGCCGGCAGGUCAACCCCGGGUUCAUGCACGAUGUGCUUCUCGCUUUUCGCCUACGAGCGGUAGUGAAGAUGAAAACAUGCCAGAUGUUGAUACUCGUGUGGGUGGAGAAAGAAUGGUGCCAAGAAUGAUGGAUUUCAAUUCAAAUCGACGCCACAAGAAGAAAAAAACUGCAAGGAAAGCAGUGGCUCGACCAGCACAUCGUUUGGAACCUGAUAAUGAAAGUGCUGGAGAUUACGAGCAAUGUUUGCAGGCACAACUGAUAGCAAAAAGAAUGAAGAGGCUCCAUGGUUCCAAUCGUGAUGAAGACAAUAACUCUUCGGACGAGAAUUCGGACGGCUCGUACUACAAUGCCAUUCCUGACGACGCAUUUUCUCCUGCCAAUCCCAACGAUGAGCAUUCUACACACCAAUUAGGAAAAAACGUUGAACCUGACAUAGAAAUGGGUGACAUGGCUGGAGGCGAAGAAAACAAAUUCGUUUUGCAGGAUCUGCAGAUACCUCAAGAGAACAAUAAUGGGGGUCUUCAGGAAGAGCGAACGUCGCAAGAUGUCUCUUACAUGAGCUCAUUGGAAGAUGCUAGGAGUAUAGGUUCGCUAGAGGGGCCCGUCGAACCAAUUCACAGACCAAAGUUUGCUCGAGGAAGAAGAAAACUGGAGGAUGACGAAUCAACCGACGCAGGCCAAGUUACGCCAAGUAGCGACGAUAAAUCUACAGACGAAAGCGAUGACAACAGUCUUAGUGGCCUCAAAAGUGAAACAGAGUUUCAGGGUGGCGUGGAUGAAUUUCCCGAUCUGAGAAGCAAAGAGAAUCUUGAUACUAUUGCAAGUCAGCUUUAUCCCAUGGAAAAAAUCGAGCAUCUUUGUUCGUUGGGACUUAACAGCGAAACAUCCCUACCAACAUACAAAUUCAGUGUCCACAGCAAAGAUGAACGCAUUAUCUAUGACUUUGAUGUCCGAGUGGACAAGUCGAACAUUCCAAACGCAGGGCGUGGUGUGUUCCUGAAAUUCAAAGGUGCCAGAGAGCUGAAGCCUUCGAGAAUAAGGAAGAAGCGCAAGCGUUCGACUCGUAAGCUACCCGAUCCUCUACCGGCUCUUCGCCCAGACGGCUCUGACGUUACCGUAAUGCUCAAAGGGGAAGAAUUCCCUGUCCCGAUCGGUUCCAAACGAAUGUACACUGAAUCAGACUUCGUUCCAGCUCCUCGACGAACCUUUUCAUCUUUGCAUCCAAAUUGUGGGGCGAUUGAGCUUGGUCAGUAUGGACCUUUUCGUCCGGAAGAUUGCAUAUCCGAAGAAAAGUAUGAUAUUCACAGCUUCCUGUUCUCAAAGAUACCAAGCGAAUGGGGUUUUGAUGUGCCGGAGAAAUUGGACGGCAAGUCACAGGUGAUAAAUAUCACAGAUGAGUUGACAGGGGAUACGCACGAAAUUGCUUGUCGACAUAUCCCAAUGUAUGUGAAUGAAGUCGGCCAUGACACAGCGUUGAAGCAGACCGUAAGUGCUCUGGACAAAGAUGAUAACAAAGUUUUCUAUUACGUGGCCAUUCGCGAACCAAUGAAGCAAGGGGACACAAUAGAGUUACUGGUUGCUUACGAAGGCUUGUACGAACAAGUCCGUGCAAGAAAGGGAUACGCAAAGGCGAACAUCCACAAAAAUGUCAGGGGUGACGACCAUUUUGGGAGCUUCUUGCAGAGGAACUUCUUCGACAGAGAAUACAUCUUAGAAGUCAUCGAUGAACUUAAACCUGACGAUAUAGGCAAUAUGAUGAAUUGGCUUCGUGUGACACAAUUAUCGCUUUCACUUAUUGUGAGCGAUUUCCUGAAUCAAGCAAAACAAGAAGACGACGGGGAAAAGCUUACUAACAUUCCGUUGGCGCAGCAGAUUGUCGCCCUGAGGAGAUUCGAAUGGAUUGCCAAACAUUUACAGCCAAACCUCAAACGGCAAAGGAGACACUGCGGAUCUAGCUGUAAAUUGCUGGAAGGACUCAAGUGGUUAGAAUGGAAGGAUUUGAUCGUAGCUUUGACCAGGCUCAAGAAUAUUGAGGAUGCGAAUAGAAAGAAUUUGUACGCAGCCCUCGAGCGAGAAAUUAUAGACGAGUUAUGCUACGAAAGGAAUGGGCGGAUAAUCACAUCACCGAUGCAAGAGACAUUUUGGUGUGGUCUUGCAAUGGACUUGACAAGAGAUCUAUGUGUCGCAACAGCGAAAGAAUUGUGGCAAACAGAGAGUGACAAGAAAUCCUUGAUGCAGACCUAUACCAAACUUGCGAAAGAUGCCGUACGAAAUGUUCUUACAGGACAGCACACAGAAAGCUUAGCUUUUGUACCCAAUUUCAAUGGUGAUUGCACUGGAGUUGCAGAGGAUGAAAUGCGAAAGUUGAACCCGAUACGGUCACUUGCUAUAGCGAAUGAAGAGAGCUCUGGUGAAGUGCUUUCUGUUUUGACAAAGUCUGACACGAUUACUCCGUUGGAGGACGCGAAUAAGAAACUCGCCGCGAUUCCAAGGGCAUUGACACUUGACUCGAAUGCAGGGGUCAAUUCUUCAUGGUACAUUUGCUGGCAAGUUUUACGCGUGGUUGACUCGUUUGCUCGUAAGUAUCUGAAGCGUUCUACAUACUCUUUGGCUGAUCUCAUCGGUCAAAUGGGUAUUGGUGACGAGACAAGUGUGAUUAUGGAGGAUGUUCUUACGAAAUAUGCUGAGAAGAGAGCAGCCAAGAAGCCAAAAGCGUCGUUUUCGAGUCCAGGCAAACCAAAAAAGAAGCGGAGAAAGAAGUCUGGUUCACCUGGUGGAGUUGCUGUUGCGAAAGCGGCUUUCUUUUGGCAUGUUAGUUGGAAAUGCUUGAAGGACAAGUGUGGGUGGAGGCUUGAACAUGGAAAUAGACCUGGAGAUUUUUAUGCUUUUCCACCGGGUGUUACGCGAAAAGGUGGCUUCAAAAAUCGGGUGCACUUUUUCGAUAGCGUAAAGCAGAUCCGAGAUCAGAUCCAAGCAGAUAAAAAAUUGAAGGAAAACGCUCUUUUGAAAAAUGCCCUAGCCGAGGAGGAGAAAUGUGUAGCUCUCUACAGGAAGCUAAAAGGCACCAAAUCUUUUCCAAGUUUUCAGUCGAACGAAAAAAGAAUUGAUUGGAUUUAUGAAGAAGUAAAGAAACAGAGGAAGGACUGA